AGAUUCCCUCGUGAACGUCUUUCUCUGCCAUUUAAAAAGUUCACCGUUCAGCUAUUUGACUUUUAUUCUUCCCAAUGGCAACCAACGGAAUGCAAGCUGUCGACCGCAAGGAUCGUGUUCCUUCACCCAGCGGUUCCGGAUCGUCUCGUGGAAACGUGGUAGACCAUGAUUCUCCGCACGUCACAGACGAUCCUGCCCUUGGUGCGAGGAGAGCAGCAGCAGAGGGCAAGUCGCACAUGAUCAAUGUGCAGCCUUUGAAGCGUAGUGAAAUGCAGCCUUCAUACGCACAAGAUCUCGGAACCUCAGAGGUCACUCACGGGGUCUAUGGUUCUCUUUUGCAAUCAUUGGGUGCUUGCGUUGGUCUCUGUGGUGCCAUCCCCUGUUGCCCAUUCCCCAACCCCUUCCGGAAUGUUCACCAAGGCUCUGUUGGUCUCGUCUCACGAUUCGGUCAGUUCUACAAGUCCGUGGAUCCCGGUCUUGUACAAGUCAAUGUCUGCACUGAAAGUCUCCGCGUCGUCGACGUCAAAAUUCAAAUCAGCCCGAUUGGAAGGCAAACAGUGAUCACUCGUGACAAUGUUAAUGUUGAAAUUGACUCUGUCAUCUACUUCCAAAUUGUCAACCCAUAUCGUGCUGCUUUUGGUAUCACCGACCUGCGUCAAGCCCUCAUUGAGCGUGCCCAGACGACCCUCCGUCACGUUGUCGGUGCACGAGCCGUACAAAGCGUAGUCACCGAGCGUGAAGCCAUCGCUUUCGAGAUCGCUGAGAUCGUAGGAGACGUCGCCGACAAAUGGGGUGUCGCCAUCGAGGGUAUCCUCAUCAAAGAUAUCAUCUUCAGCCCCGAAGUAUCCGCAUCCCUCUCCUCUGCCGCUCAGCAGAAGCGUAUCGGAGAAUCCAAAGUCAUCGCCGCCCGUGCAGAAGUCGACUCCGCCCGGCUCAUGCGUCAAGCCGCCGAUAUCCUUGCAUCGCCCGCUGCUAUGCAAAUCCGACAGCUCGAGGCUCUGCAGCAGAUGGCCAAAUCAGCGAACAGCAAGGUGGUGUUCGUGCCCAUGCAGCUCCAGAGCGAUGUCGCUUCACAGCUGAACAACGGAAACAACCAGUACGCGUCUGGCUCUGGUGUCGGUGCCUCUAUCCGUGAAGAGACUGGUGAGAGCAUAGGCCCAGCAGGCCGCAUGGGCUUGUUGAAUAGCGUAUCAGAAGUAUAGGUUGUUCGACUCGACUCGUCGACUGACUGAUUCGUUUAUGCUGUGAUAUUGUGUUUUCCUUCACUGCUUCUCGUUGCGUUUUGCGCGUGCUUCUUUCUUGAUGUCUCGAUUGUAUCAUACCAUCCCCUUAUGCUAGUAUCAUCGUACGUCUUACUGUCCUACUUUUACGGUGCUACCUACUCCUCUGUACGUCUUGCCUGGCCCAUUGAUUUCGAGGCCAGAAGCAAGUGUAGUUUUAUAAUGUGCCUCACGACUACUGUCCCAUAUGUCCUCAAUGUCAUCACGUUCCCUU